AUGCGUUCCUUCCUACUCCUUGCGCUGUUAAUCAGCCUUGUAACCUCAAGUCCUCUUGCGGCCAAGAAAAUUAAAGCUACCAAUGCCAAUGCCAUUGUUCGAGCUAUUGACCAGAGUACACCUCCAGCGGGUGCAGUUGUCGUCGAUGCCAGUGGUGCCAUUUCAGGAUCUUUCAAGACUGUUCAGGCGGGCGUAGAUGCCCUCUCCAAGACUACCACUGAGUCUCAAACUCUUUUCAUCAUGGGCGGGACCUACAAGGAGCAAGUCUACAUCCAGGCACUCAUGUCACCACUUGUUGUUCUGGGUGAGACUACCGACGCCAGAUGUUACAAGGGCAACAAAGUUACCAUCAUCAACAACAUCUCUCGCAACAAUGUCUCCAACAAUGAUCUCACCGCAACCGUCCGAAACUGGACCCCUAAUUCCAAAUUUUACAAUGUAAAUUUCGAGAAUAACUUUGGACACACUGCCACCAACGGCCAGAACCUGGCCCUCUCGGCACAAGCAACUAACCAAGGAUACUACGGAUGCCAAUUUAUCGGUUACCAAGAUACAAUCCUCGCUAACACCGGCAAUCAACUUUACGCCAAGAGCAAAAUCGUGGGCGUUGUUGAUUUUAUCUUUGGUCAAAGGGCCAAAGCUUGGUUUGAAGCGGUCGACAUUCGUACCUUCGACAAGGGCUACAUUACUGCUUCAGGAAGAGAAACUGAGGCUAACGAUUCCUGGUACGUGAUCAACAAGUCCACCGUCGCUGCACGAGACACCGAUGUUGAAGCUGGAUCUACCGUUCUUGGACGUCCAUGGAAGGAGUAUGCACGAGUUGUUUUCCAGAACUCCGAGCUCAGUGAUGUGGUCAAUGCUGUUGGAUGGUCGCAAUGGAGUAAUGCUACUCCAAAUAUCGCCAACUCGUAUCUUGCCGAGUAUGGCAACACCGGCGCUGGGGCUGCUACGGCGGGCAGAGCUGCGUUUGCAAGGCAGUUGGAUGCACCGGUGAAGAUUGAGUCGAUAUUGGGGGCUUCGUGGGCUUCGGCUUCUUAUGUAGAUACUACUUAUAUGUAA